AUGAAAAAGAGAGAUCUCAAACUUGUUUUAAUUGGAGAUAGUAAGAAAUUGAUUAAUUUAGGUGGUGUUGGGAAAUCAUCAUUUGUUUCUGCAUUAAUAAAUUAAAUAUCAAACAAAGCAUCUGUUUUAGAUAAACAUCAACCUAUUAGCUUACCUCCUGAUAUGCUUAACCAUCCAGAAUGUAUAACUACUCUAAUAGAUACAAAAUGUGCUCCACAUUAAUUACCUGAAGAAGUUUAGAUAGCUGAUGUCAUACUUUUAAUGUAUGCUAUUGAUGAUGACGGAUCAAGUGAAAGAUUGAAAAGAUUUUGGCUAAAAGAAUUAAGAGAUAAAGAAUAUAAAUAACCUGUAAUAAUAGUUGGAAACAAGCUUGAUUUAUUAGGUUUAGAAGAUGAUCGAGAUUAUCAUAGAAUCUUUAAAGUUAUCAAAUAAUUAGUGAAGGAUUUCAAUGUAUUAAAAUUGAAUUAAUAUAGUCUGUUGAGAUGGGAAUUGAAUGUUCAUCAAUAAAAUAAUAAGGUAUAUAUGAUGUAAUAAAUUGUGCUUAAAGAUCAUUUCUCUAUCCAUUAGCUCCAAUUUAUAGUAUUGCAGAAAAGUCAUUAACAGAAGGAUUUAAAAAAGCAUUGACUAGAAUAUUUAGAAUUUGUGAUAAAGAUGGAGAUGGAGUAUGGAGUGAUGCAGAAUUAGAGAAAUUCUAAAAAAAAGUGUUUAAAAGAUAAUUAGAUUAUAGUGAUAUUGCUGGAAUAAAAGAUAUGAUUGAAGAAGAAUUACAUGAUAAUUCAAAUAAAAAAGUUAUUACUUUAGAAGGAUUUAUAGCAUUAUAAAAAAGAGGAAUUGAAUUAAUGAAAAUUUAAAUUUGCUGGACUAUUUUACGAUUUUUUAGAUACAAAGAUGAUUUAACUUUAGAUGAGAGUAUAUUUACAAAUGAGUAUUAAUUUAUAUAGAAAUUAGAUUAAUAUUUGAUUAAGAUGCAGGUUAAACUGUUGAAUUAAGUGAUAUUGCUUUAUCUAAAUUGAAAUAGAUAUUUGAAAUAAGAUGCAAUUCCAUAUCUUAAUUAAAAAAUACUUUAAAUCAGAAAUAAUUUGAUGAUAUUUUUUAUCCAGUAAUGUAUAGAACUAAUUUUCCUCAUUUAAAUUAAUAUUAUCCCUAAGAAUAAGAUAUUAUUAAUUUAACAUAAUGGUUGGCAAUGUGGAAGUAUACAAAUCAUGAUAUCCAAGUGCCUUUUCCUUCUUUAAUUAUAAAGAAGCAUACAAGUUGUUGUGUUAUAUCGGAAUUGAAAUUAAAUUAUCUGAUACAUUUAAGGAAUAAAAUAGAAAGAAUUCUUGGUCUUCUGUUUAAAAAAGUAUUGAUAGAAAAGUGUUCCAUAUUGCUAUUGUGACCAGAAAAAAACAUGUAUACUUUUAUUAAUCUCUUAGGGUUAACUUGAAAAAGAAUUUGGUAAUCUACCACUCAUUAUAACAACUAUUCAAAAUAAAACAUAUGCUAUUAGUUUAUAUGAUGAAUUAGAAGCUGAAUAAUAAAUUGAAAAAAGAAGAUUAAGUAUAAUAGACUUUUUACUUAUUGAUCAAAAUUGUUAAUUUGAUACUGCUCAACUUAUUCCAAAAUUAUCUUAUAAUGAUCAGAAACCUUUCUGGGAUUAAAUUAGUUAAAUCAAUGAUAUCUUACAUUAAAAGUAUUUAUUAUCCUAAUAAUAGUCCAUUUGGUUAUUCUGAAUCUUAAAUAUAAUUAUUAAAAAAACAAAAUAGUCUACCAAUUGUUGAAUUAGCUAGUGUAAUAACACUCCUGGCAUUUAUGUUAACAGGAGGAUACUUUUUAGGUAAAAAGGUUUUGUUAAAGAAUAAAUGA